AUGCCGCGGGAGGGUGCGCGGGGACAGCGGGCGCAGAGGAGACACAGCGGCGGCGGUGGCGGCGGUAGCGGCGGCGUCUGGGCCCGGCCGCAGCCCCUGACUCCCGCCCGCGCGCCCUGCGUCCCGCCGGGGCCUGCAACCUGCGGCGCCCGAGCUCCCAGGGCGCUUCCUCGGGCGCUGGGCCCGAGGCGACCAAGACGGCGGGGCGGCGGGCACUGUGCUGCGGGCUGCGCUGGUGCCCGGCCCGGCGCGUGCGGCUGGGAGGCGCUGUGGGGAACGGGCCCGCGGGCGGCGGCCGGGGCCAUGGCCGAGGUCGGCGGGAGCGCGCGGAGGAGGGCGCCCGAGCUGCUCAAGGCGGCCCGCGCGCGCUACGAGAGCCUGCACAUCUGGGACGACGUGUUCGGCGAGUCCGGCCGGACAGCGGCGGGAACCCCUUCUACAGCACGUCCGUCGCAUCGCGCACCUCCUCGCCCGCCUCCUCAGCCGAGGAACAGGAGCGCCCCGGCCCCCCGCCGCCUCCCGGCGCCCCGAAAGCGCAGGAGUCCGACGAUGACGAGGCCAGCGCGGGUUGGAGUGCCACGCUGCGGAACCGCCCGCCCUCGCGCUUCGAGGACACUGGCGGAUCACUUGCUCAGAGCAGAGAAGAGUGAGAGGACCAGUUAGCAGCGUUAAGCUGUCUGCUCUCGCUCCAGAAGACACUUGUGUGUUCUGCUUACCGACAUGGUCAUGGUCAAGCGCCUGAUAUCUGGAGGUCGCAGGCCUGCUGGCAGUUGUGGCUGCUUGAAGUCCUCCUUUACUGCCUUCUUUUUGGGAAGGUAAUUCUGACACGUCUCUGCUUAGUCUGCAGAAGCUCUGCGGCCUCUGCCCUCUGGGAGAGGUGGAGACCAGCCAGCAGUCCCACCUGUCCCCUGAUGCUUUCUGUUCCUUGCUCGACAGCCUACUGUGGCAGGCCCUUGUUUCUGCACACCAUUUUCUUGUGUUGAAGAGUGUGCAACCAGUGUUGUGGAGGACCAGGGAGUGGCCAUACUGGACCCAAUGCCGCUCUCCCUGUGGCUCUCCAUGAUUGUUGUUCAACCAUAGGAGGGCAGGCCAAAGGGAACCCUGGCUGGUGCCUGGGCUUGGAGCUGGACCUUGUGCCACAGCCUGCUGGUAGGCUGAUUGGGUUGGCUGGACUCUCUCAGCAGGGAGUGGUCUGCAGACCUCCCACGGAUAGGCUGCAGUGUGGACACCCUGAGCUACAGCUGGGCUCUAGGGUCCGAGUCAACGGUGCUGUGUUUUGGAAUGGGUGAAUUUAACAUAUUCUCAUUUAGGCUUCAGUUCAGAGUUUCGGAAUUUUGAAUGUCACAUCACCCUGCAUAAUCCUUUUAAACCCCAUACAUUUCCCAGAAUGUCAUAAAGGUUUCCAGCCCCAGAUGGCUGUUUUCCAUUCAAUUAGCUCUUUAAGAAUUGUAUGUACCCAGAACUCUGGUUUGGCAGACUUGAUGCUGUGAGUGCUGUGAUCCAGUUUUUGAUCUUGGAACAAGAGAGACAUGUCCUCUUGUUUCCCUCCCUUUCUAGGGGAAUCGUGUUAGCUUAAGCCUGGUUAUGAUUAAGAGCCAUGAGUGUUGGUCUGAGAAGGAUGAGCGCACCUAAAUACAUUUUCAAGCAAUAUUAUGUUUCUCAGUAACCUAUACUUGGGAGAAAUUCUGCAUCAGAGCAAUUUAAUCUAGCCACUGCGGCACUUAAAUGGUCAUGAAGUUCAGGAUCAUUUGUCAUUUAGCAUCAGGUUCAAAUUCUGCUUCCUUUGGAUGUGCACUGAGCUCACAUCUGGACCCGAGAAUCACAGGCAGGCAGGUGCUUUAACCAAAGACAUUUAGUGGUUAUUGGAUGGUAUUUAUACCCAAUUUUGUUUUCCAGUUUUUUGUGGAAGCUUGCUUUUAAAAUCCAGCCCUAAUGAAGAAUUUCCUUUUCUUCUUGAAACAGUCUUUCCCUGUGGGAAAUUCGGGGUGGUGGCGUAAGGGUGAGGUGGAUGGUUUAUUAAGCAUGAGUUCAGAUGGCCUGGAACAAUGGGAUAUGAUUUAUGGGGCCUGGAAAUAGAUGCCGGGCAGAGAAAACCCUUGUGCCCCGCGGUAGGGGGAGAGAGAUGGACGGGUUUGUUAAG